AUGUUAUCUAACGAACGUCGUCGACAUCAUCGAUCAUUAUUAGAAGCACCCAGAAUUACAGCAAUGAUCAAAAAAUCGACUCCAGGUACUUUAUCACCUGAAACAACAACAACAACUUCAAGCGGCUAUUCAACAGGCGGUUCAUGUAUAUCGAACACGAAAGAAUCAAGCUUGAAAAAGUCAUCAUCAAUUGCCUACAGGCAGCAAUGCCAUCAGCAACAGCACAAGACACAAUCAAAGGGUCUUCAUAAUCUAUUGUCUAAGCUUAAAAAUCUUCUUCUACCAUCUAAAACCAACGAUAUAAGUUCACAAAAAAUGCGGUCAACAACAUCAAGACAAAUAUCAUCGAUCAAUAUACUACGUCAAUAUCAUCCAAAUUCAAUAAUAUACGAUAAAAUUCCACCUUCUUCAAUAGCUAUAAGUAAUGCUAUUUCAUUACCAUUUACAUAUUAUCAUAAUUCACCAAUACAACAAUCGAGUGGUAAUUUUGAAAAAAUAUCUGCAUGGCUUGAUUAUACAGAAAAAAUGGCAAACACUGCACAAAAUGGGCAUGAUUCAUUAUUUAUUAAUUCACAUAAACCAAAAAUAACUACAUCGUCAUCUUCAGUACAACUUAAUAAACAAGCAGUCACUGUCGUUAUGAAAAACACUCGAGCGAAUAUCAGACCGCCGAAACGAAGUUCAUCAUUAGUCGCACGAAUCACUCAACCAAUAAUCGAACAACAAUUUCAAAAGACUAUUUCUCCUGCUUCAUCGUUUUCUUCAUCGAUUCUUACACGAGGAAUGUCAGAACGAGCCACUCCGCCAUCGUCACCAACAGAAAAAACUGAUAAACAUUCAUCGAAGUCUAAUCGUCAACGUCCAGUUGACUUUUCACGUCGACGUACCAUCGCUUCAACAAACGAACAUAAUUCAAAUAAAGAAAAUUCUUCAACAAAAUAUCAACAUCAAUAUCCACAAGAUAUCUAUCGGUUUUCUCCUGUAUCAUCUAAAAAUAAAGUUGAAAUUCGUAUUCCAUCAUCGAAACCUGUUGUAGCAAAAGAAUAUUAUUUUCAUUCGGAUUCAACAGACACAAAUGAAGAUUUACUAAAUAAUUCCUAUGGUUUAACACUACUCAAACAACAAAAACAGCCCACACCGCCACAACCAGUUCAACCACGACAUUCCGUAGCAACCGUUCUUAUGAUAUCACAAGUUCCUAAUCAUAUUUUGUCUGAAAAACAAUAUAAUCCUCGAGCGUAUCUUCAACAAGAUUAUUCACUUGACUCAUUGGAUGAUAUAUUAUGUGAUCGUGAAGUUGAAAGUUAUUUUUAUCCAACCUCUCAAUCAGAUCAUUUAUAUAUGAAUUUUGAAAAUUCAACGAAUUCUUCUUAUCAACCAUCGUUGUCUUAUUUUCAUGAAACUUUAUGUUAA